CCGCAGCGAGAGAUGCUCCGCGGGGACAAGUCUCGAGUGGUGCCCGCGGCUGAGCGAAGCCCCAGCAAGAUGCUGCAGCUGCGCAACGAGUGUCGGCCUUUCUACGCUGGAUUCCGCAUCGUCGGCCGCGCACAGCGGCUCCUCGGCUGCUGCUUCUUGGAGAACCUCGCAUCCACCGACCCACAACGCGUGCGGGCAAAAAGAGCCAGCCUGUACCUGCUGUACCCGCUAGGCAUAUGGUGCUACCAUUUGGCAAUCGGUCUGGCCUUGUUCGUGGACUCGGAGCGGCACAAGCAUGCCAUGAAGGACACGGACCGGCUGAACAAGACUAUCUUCGUCACCUUCAUGGCGGCGCUGCACGUGGAGGCUGUGCUGAACAACGUGCUCCUAUUGGUCCAGGCGCCGAAGUUUGUCGAGCUCUUGCGGAUCUGCGGUCUCAUCGAGAUACACACUGCCGUGCCCCCUUACGUACAGCGUAAGACGGUGCGCUUUGCGUGGGUUAUGGUACUGUUCCAGGUGACCAUCAUCAUCCUGAACGUAGCCCUGAACAUCCACUCGCAUUUCGGCACGGUGCUGCUGAUAGAAGAAGGGCGCCAGCUGAACCCGCUUCUCAUGAACCUGGCCAUCAGCAACGGCUUCCUGGGCGUCAUGUACCUGACCUCGAUGUGCCUCAGCACUCGGCUGUUGCUCAUGUACAUCUCCAGGGCCGUCGCGCUCUACCUGGGCUGCAUCUACAAAAACCUGGACCAGUGUCUGCGCUCCAGAAGCACUCCGGAAAGCAGGAAAGUGCUACUGGUGGACCACAUGCGUGUCCAGCUGGCGCUGCUAAAGAAUUGCGUCGACCUGGCCAGCUCGCUGCUCGGUCCGAGCCUGUUGUACGCGUAUGCGUACAGCGUGGCCAUUCUGUGCGCAGCCGCUUACUACACCAUCAUCCCGGAGCUCGAGUUUAGAGUGCGGCUCUUCUUCUUCUUCUUCGGCUCGCUGCACUGGCUCAGCGUACUGCUGCCCACCAUCACCACGCAUCGCAUGAAGGCCGCCGUGAUCGAGUUGCGAAGCGCAGUGCAAGGAGUGUCUAUGGCGAAUUAUUCUGACGACCUUUUAGCACAGCUGCGGAUGAUGCUCAACAGCAUGAAGCACGACGACCUCAGGUUCACGGGUUGCGGCUUCUUUGUGGUUGACUUGUCGACGUUCGCUGACAUCAUGGGAGCUGUCAUCACGUACACCGUCGUGUUGGUCCAAACGAACGAAAGCUACCUCCGGGGUUCCCUGGAGCACUGCACUAACAACACAGCCGUAUAGAGAAAAGCAUCCGAGAUCUUUUCAAACCGCAACGUCGUCUCCUUGUCUUCUAAUACUACAUAAGCAAAACAAGAAAUGACGGCCUUAUAUAAUAUACAAAGAACCCAACCUUAAAAAACAUGAAAACAUUUGGGAAAUGACACACACACGAGCGCACACUUACACGCACAAACGCACACGCGCACAGAAAAAUCUAGAGUUCAGUGCUUGUUUAAAACAUAGACGUUUUCA